CCUGUCUAGUUUCAAAUUCAAAACUCACAUCAUCACCUUCCACACCACCUUUUUAUUCACCAUUCUCAAAUUCUCUCGCUUCUCAUUUCUAAACGACACCAAACUAAACAUGGCACAGCUUAUGCAAACACCCACGACCGGAACACCGAAAGUCCGGCCACGCUCUGGCCGGACACCACUUCAGCCCAUAAACACUCCCGCUGAUCUCACUAUCCACCUUUCCACAAAGCCCAAACCCAAGCUUGAUCAAUCCUGUUUUGAAAUCACACCGAUCAAGAAGGAAAACUGUCCCAUCACCGCCACCGUGACUCCUCCACUGGAGACGUCGCUUGCGGAGGAGCUGAGCGCUAUGAAGAAGAAGCUAGAGAGACUAAGAGCAGACAAAGAAAAGACAGAGAAAAUGCUGAAAGAGAGAGAAGCAUUGCUUGACGCGAAGAUGAAGGAGAUGGAAGAGAAAAGCGAGAUUCAGAAGAAUCUCGAAAUUCAAGUCGAUCGAUUGUUCCGUUUGAAGGAACUCAAAUAUCGAUGCAUGAGAGUUUCUCCGAUUCGAACGCUUAGAGAGAAAGAACAUGAAAAGAUUAUCAACGAAGCCACACCAUCUACAUCGGAGGUGAAAACAGAAGAAACUAUGCCGGAAUCGGAAUCGGAAUCAGAAUCGGAAUCUGUUAAAGAUGAAUCUGAAGUGCUUCAGAGUCCUGGUUCAGCUUGUUCACAGACAAAUACUACUAAACACACAAAAUCUGAAAAUUAAGAUUAAGAAAUUACCGUUUUGGGGAAGUUUUUCUACUAUACAUAAUUUUCUCGUUAUGGCUUUUCUUUCCCUGUUGAAUUUGAAAUUUGUACUUUUUUAAAUAAUUAUUAAUUAUAACAUCUUAAGAAUGAAUGAAAGUGGUCCAUACUGAUGUUGA